AUGAUCCUCGACGACGCCGAAUCGGAGCUUCUCAAGACCUACAUCACAAAGCUACUAGAAGAUGUCUCCGACGCAGAUUCGGACGUGCUAGCGGACUAUGUGCUGGCUCUGAUUAAGACCGAUGAUGCCGAAGAUGUGGCCAAGCCAAAUUGCAUCGACAACCUCCGCGACUUUCUUGGCGAGCGCGCAGAAAGCUUUGUCGAGCAGGUCUUCGCCGCUAUCGCCGCAAAGACCUACGAUCCUUCGCGCCUGCCCGUGACGCCAGUGGCACCUGCUCGGUCGCAUAUGCCUGGAGGACAAAAGCGCCCAUACAACGAGGCCAAUGGCGUCUAUGGCGGGCACGGACAGAUCUACGAUGGUGGUCGUCCUGUGAAGCGGGCGCGACAGAGCGGGCGUGGAGGUGCUCGUGGAUCGUUUGAUCAGCGUGGAGGUCGUCAGCAAUUUGGAGGCGCACCUUUUGGCCAACAGGUGCCGCAGAUGCCAGGCAUGCCACCCUUCGACUUCGACCCAAGUAACAUCGAUCCGAACAAUCCCAUGGCUGGCCUUUUAGCGCUCCAGCAAGCAAUGGGCGGCAUGCUCCCUGGAGGUAUGCCCGGAUUCUCCAUGCCUGGAGCUCCACCACCCUCGAAUGGCAGUCGCGGAGGACGAAGGUGUAGAGACUACGAUACGAAGGGGUUCUGUGCUCGUGGAGCAUCGUGUAACUUUGAACAUGGUGACGAUCCCUACAUUGUGGGCAACGAGGAAUACGACCCAAACCAGGCCACUCUACUCAACGUUCAGCCAAGCCGGACAGGGUUUGUCAAUACCUCAUCCAAUGGACGCGGUCGUGGAGGGCAGCGAGGCCGAGGCGCAAACACAAACUUCCGUGGAGGUGGAAAGCGCUCCGAUAUAUCCCAUGGCGGACCCAACCACGACACCUCUGUCACGUCCGUGGUCGUGGAACAGAUCCCGGAUGAUAAAUUUGAUGAGCAGUCCGUACGUGAUUUUUUUGGGGAGUUCGGUAACAUUGAGAACAUCAACAUGCAGCAGUACAAGAGAUUGGCCGUGGUGGAGUACGAGGACUAUGAGUCGGCCAAACGUGCGUACGACAGUCCAAAGGUCAUUUUCGACAAUCGCUUUGUCAAAGUCUACUGGUACAAAGCAGAUGCCCUGCAAAAACCUCCAAAUGGCCGCUCGCCUGCGCCCUAUCGAAAAGAGGAACAGGAAGAGGAGCCUCAAAUCGACUUGGAAGAAAUUGCUAGGAAACAGGAGGAGGCGCAACACCGACAUGAAGAACAAAAGAAACAGCGCGAGAAUGCGCAGAGACAGAAGGAGGAACUCGAGGUGAGAAUGAAGGAGAUCGAGGCUGAGCGGAGAAAGAUGAAUGAAAUGCUCGCAAAGAAAGCAGGCAAAGCCGCACCCGUCGAACCAGCUGCCAAGGAGAAUGGCGAACACCAAGAUCUGAGAGAAACGCUUGCAAAGCUUGAAGCAGAGGCAAAGAGCCUAGGGAUCGACCCCAACGCUGCUGCUGGAAAUGGAUGGAACGACAGCGCGUAUCCCCCGCGGGGCCGUGGUGCGUACAGAGGACGUGGCCGGGGCAGAGCGUUUAAUGCACCAUAUCGGGGUGGCUGGGCUGCAGGGGGUGGGAGAGGAGGCGGCAAUGUAAUGCGACUGGACAACCGGCCCAAGGCUGUCAGUGUYACGUUCAGUGAAGGCGGUUACGAAGACCAUGACGAAGCACUACGCCAAUGGCUACUCUUCAACUCCGGAGAAUCGACCAUCCUCAGCAAGCACCCCGACAAGCAGAAUGCAGCUCUGAUUGAAUUUGCUGAAAGGUAUCGAGCUGAGAACUUCAUGGCGGCCGCUUCUACGCCAGACUUUCCAUUGGCGGGCAAAAUGGAGGAGCUCGUGUGGCACAAGCCUACGGCUGCGGCAGGUAACGAUUCGCUCGAUGUGAAGAUGGCUGGGACGGAAAUUAAGGAGGAUGAAGCUCCAGCUCGGGAGGAUGUUGAUGAUCGAGACGACGAGGACCGCUGGGGCUAG